AUGGCGCGGGUGUGGUGUGUGAGUGGUGCAGCGCUGCAGCUACGGGGCCAGAGGACCUGCAUCCCGGGGGUCUGGCGUGAACAGCUGUACGGCUCAUCUCUGGUGCCCCCGAGUGCUGCUCUGGGUGAUGACUCCAUGGCACUCCACUCGCACCACCCAGCCAGCCACACCUCUGCCACAACCAUGAAACCAUACCACAUACCCUUACUGCAGACACUCACACUACUCGGCCACACCAGCCAGCCACAUCUCUAUAUCAUACUCAGGAGUCACACACCACACACCCUUAUUGCAGGCACUCACACCACUCAAUCAUCUAGCCACACCUCUGCCACAGCCAUGAAGCCACACCACCACGUUACUGUCCCAUCCAAGCCUCGAGCCACACCUCACACGUCGCUGUUCCACCAUCACACCACACCUCACUGCCACAGCCCUGAAGCAACACCACACACGAUGCUAUUCUAUCCUCACACAGCCACCAGCCACACCUCACACCCACACCUCACUGCCACAGCUCGAAGUCACACCACACACGACGCUGUUCUGCCCUCACACAGCCACACCUCACCGCCACAGCUCGAAGUCACACCACACACGACGCUGUUCUACCCUCACAUAGCCACACCUCACCGCCACAGCCAUGAAGACACAACACACACGACGCUGUUCUACUCUCACACAGCCACACCUAUACCACAGCCACGAAGACACACCACACACGACGCUCCGUUUGACAUUAUAAACAUCACCAUCCAGCCAGCCACAUCUCACCACCAAGACCAUAUGAAGCCACACCACACCCACCACUGA